AUGUUGAUUCAAGUCGCGUACCCAGAGUUCAUCCUCAACAGCAGGAAAUUGGACAACUACUAUGACAACUUCUCCGUAGAAGAAACGGAUUCGUACAGCCAGAUGGUAGAGAAACUGUCACGAUGGAAUAUAGAAUACGAUUUGAAGCGCCUUUCUAAGCCCGUCGAUCGAACUGAGUACGAUUUCAAUGCUGCAGUUGUCAACGCCUACUACGACUCCAGGUCGAACUCGAUAAGUAAGCAGAUCAAUGUUGUCAAUGCUCAAGCUGUACUAGAAAGAUUUCACAGAGCGCUCAACUACGGAGGACUUGGAGCUACGAUAGGGCACGAAAUCACUCACGGAUUUGAUGACGGAGGUAAGCAAUUUGACGCGUUCGGUAACCUUCGCGAUUGGUGGGACGCGAACACUACGCAAAAGUUCGGGAGCGAGUACAGUGUGCCAUGCACUGCUCUGAAGCUGAAUGGUAAACUCACUCAAGGAGACAACAUUGCUGACAAUGGAGGAUUGAAGCUAGCAUUCAGAGUUAGUCCUGAGUAG